UUAACCGACUGAUUUAAGCUUUCGGAAGUUCCCUUAUCGAAAGUGAAAAUGCGUUUCGUCUUUUUAUUCGUCCUGCUAUCGAUCCUGGCUUUCAGCCUGGUUUCAGCCAAGGAACAAUCAAAAGCCGAUUCGUCGCCUGGAGGGAACCAUGUCGGACACACAGUGAAGCCUCGAUUGCGAGCCAAGCGUAAUCUAUUCGGCAGUCGGCCAACCAUUAGUGGGCAAAUACAACGAUAUGCCUAUGGUUAUCCUUAUAACCACGGUGUACCUACUUACUAUAGGUACCCGUAUUACAGCUUUGGGUUCUAAUCCAGUAGCUAGAGCUUGCUGCAAAUAAACAAUAACUCCGUGGUUUUCUUUGAUUUCAAUGAUCAUCACAGCUUUGAAA